AUGGCAAUGCAUGAUAUGAGUCGUGCCAAGGGUUUCCCCUGUAAAGAAUGUGAUAUGGUCUGCCCCAGUACUCCAAGUCUUCUAGAUCAUAUGAAAGCGCAUUAUCAACAAGGAGAAAGUGCACGUUUUGAAUGUGAACAGUGUGGACGAAUUUUCAAGCACGCGGCUAGUUUGGCCAACCACAAAAAGUCUCACGAAGUGGGCUCCUUCCAGUGUCCUGUCUGCACCCGCACCUUGCCCAACGCAGUAGCCCUCAAGAAUCACCUUCGCAUACACACCUUGUCCCCGAGUAGUGCUCACGCCGAAGAAGAGAGUGAGGAGGUGCCAGAGGAAGGAGGUCCCCACGAAAGGGACUACGCCCUUAGCCAGGACCUCUCGGACGGUUUCGGGCGUGCGCACUUGAACAACAGUGGCCUGCAGGGCCACGAAGGCCCCAAAAGUUCCCCCGAGCCGGACGACGCUUGGGAUCGACCGUUCAAGUGCGACCAGUGCGACAGAACCUACCGACACCACGGGAGCUUGGUAAACCAUAAGAAGUGUCAUCAGCAAGGAAGUUUUAAGUGUUCUGUGUGCUUCAAACAAUUUGGCAACCUGGCUGCCCUCAACAGCCACGAGAGAACUCACUCCAAGUUUAAAAGCCCCGCAGCACCCAUGGUGAGCGGCGGUAGUGGUAACGGUGGCGGCGCCGCCCUCCACCAGUCUGAGCGCGGUGGGGGCGGCAGCUCUCAGGUCACACAGAGUGACAAUACCAACUCCUGCUUCUGCCACCUUUGCCAAAUCUCCCUUCCCAACAAGGCUGACUUUCAGGAGCACAUUCUCCUACACAAUACCACCUCACAGUCUCUGGGACUGUCCCGGAACUUUCCCGCCAUCAUGCCUCACAAUCUGAGUGCUGUCCGAUCUCCGGCGUACACCCCAGCUCUCGGGGACCCUCUACCCCUGCCGCCUUUGCCUGGUGAUAAAAGGGGUCCUUACGACCCUAUCAUGGGCCCACCUGUCAACAAUCCAAUCUAUACGUGCGCGUACUGCGGGGCAGGCCAUCCAGACCUAGAGACCCUUAAAGUACACUACCUUACUCAUGACCCCCACCCUGCCUCCCACAGCCAGGACGGCUCCCUACUCAACUCAGAAACGCUAAACUCUGGUUCUCAGGGCUCCGUGUCAUCAUCUUCUGGAGCGCGUGUGGCCCAGUCGGCUUCUCCUGAGGACGGUGAGCGUCGCUUCAAGUGCGGCGAGUGCGGCAAGAGUUACCGGCACGCUGGAAGUCUGGUCAACCACAAGCGCUGUCAUCAGACAGGCCACUAUCAGUGCACUGUCUGCUGCAAGCAGUACCCCCACUUGGCAGCGCUGCACAGCCACCUUCGAAGCCACAAGGGGCGUUCCUCCAACCAGCCUCUGGGCGAUGGCAACGAUUGGUUGUCUCCGGAGCCGCUGACGCUCGACUCUCAGCAGAGCUACGUUCAAGAGAGCAGCGGUGCCACCACUCCCAUCUCGCUUCCCGGAAACCUCACGGACCCUGCCCACUUUGUACCGGAUGGGAGUCAUAACAGCGCUUUGGAUUCCUUGGAGUUCCACGACCGUUUUGACGGAGGCCCCGCACACCGGCAAGCCGACCGCCACGUGUGCGGCGACUGCGGUGAGAUGUACUCCGACGUGUCCGGUAUGAAGUCGCACAUGUGCACUCGUCGUGGUCAAGCGCCGCCGCCGCAGCAGAGUAACAUGCCCAACGGGUUCAUUGGCAAUAUGAACUACCACAAUUCCAGCAGUGGCUCCAUGACCUCCAGUGGUAUGAAGGAGGGGAACGGCCAGCGACAGUACUCCCAGUCCGGAAUCAAAAGGAUGGGAAGUGCUGACAAGGAUGACGACGACGGAGAAAUUUACCAAUGCUCAGUGUGCGGCAACCAUUACGCCAGCCUCCGAGCCCUGCGCAGCCAUUUGCGAAGUCACGCCAAUAAUCCUUCUGGUCCCGGGCCAUCCGGCCUGGAGCAGGACUGGAGGAUGAUCUGCUCCACGUGUGGCCAAAGCUUUGCCAGGAAGCAAGAUCUUCUUAAUCACCAACUCGCUCACGGCCCCCAGAGGCCGGAUGGCCAACAGCAACAAGGCAUCGGAGGAGCUUCGCCCAACAGCAGCGACAAGAUUGAUGGACGCAGCCACAUUUGCGUGGACUGCGGCCUGUUCUUUGCUGACCGCCACCACCUGAUUACACAUCUGUGUGCCGGUAAGAAUCGGGCUGGCUCGCUGAGUAAGCAGAGCCUUAACGGGGCCAAAGGGAUUUCCGAAGGCGAGGGCCUGGGGGGAGGAGUUGCGGGCGGUAGCCGUGAUAUUGUUGGAAACGGUCGGCGGUCAGUGGUGGACCAAAGUGACAAACCACACAAGUGUGACCAGUGUGGGCGAGGCUAUAGACACCCGUGCUCCCUCCUCAACCAUAAAAAGUCCCACAAGACUGGUGUCUUCCGCUGCUUGGUGUGUCAGAAGCGUUACUACAACUUAUUGGCCCUCAAGAACCACCAGAGGACUCACUUUGACCUUAAGAGGCACAAGUGUGAAGAAUGCGGAAAGGCUUUCAAGAUCCAAAAACAGUUGAUUAACCACCUGCGUCUCCAUGAGGAACACCGGGCCAAAGGUCUGGUCCGGACUGGCCCAAACGGCUCGCGAUACCAGCAACCCGGCCUGUCGCAGAUGCAGAACAUGCGAGGCGAAUCAUCCAAGGCUCCACCGAUGGGUGUCAAGUAUGCUCAGCAGGGUUUCAAAAAGCCCUACUCGUCCGCUGGCACAUCCCGACCCCAGAAAUUUGACCCGGCUGAGAGCGGGAGGCGGCCUUUUGCCUGCGAGGAGUGCGGCAAGACCUACCGGCAUGCUGGAAGCUUGGCCAAUCACAAGAACCUCCACAAAAUUGGCGAGUACCACUGCAAUGUGUGUAACUCCACCUACCCCAACAGACUGGCAAUGAAGAACCACCUGCGCCUCCACUUUGCCCAAAAAAAGCACAACUGCCAGGAAUGCGGCAAGGGUUUCCGUACCCAGAGGCAACUGGCCACGCACACCACGGCGGGCCUGUGCAAGGGCCCACAAGGUCCGGGAGCACAGAUGGAUUUUGAGUGUGACGGCUGCUGCGAAGGCUUUCCUUCGGCCGAGCAGUUGGCAGCGCACGACUGCCCCGCCCAGCACUUGCCCUCGUCGUCGUCAGCUGGGAGCUCAUCCAACGUCAGCACGGAGAGGAACUCUGUCGACCCAGACUCUGACGAGCGGCCAUACACCUGCGAACUCUGCAGCUGCGCUUACAAGCACGCGAGCUCCCUCCUCAACCACAAGCACACGCACAAGACGGGCGAUUUCCGCUGCAACUUCUGCGACAAGCCUUACACUAACUACAUGGCGCUGCGCAACCACAUGCGCAUCCACACGCAACGCAAAAAGCACAUUUGCCACACGUGUGGGAAGGCCUUUCGCCUGGCCCGCUUUCUGCGCAAUCACCAGAAGGUCCACGAGGAGGGUGCCACUCCCUACGGCUGUCCCACCUGUGGGAAGAGUUUCCAGGGGAGGUCCGGUCUUGCACGACACCGCUGCGGGGACAACCAGGUAGGCGUGGAUGUCAGGAGGAAGACACCAGGAGCGACGGGAGAGGGCGACGAGUGUCGGUACACGUGUGACCAAUGCGGACGUUCCUACCGCCACGCCAGCUCCCUCCUCAACCACAAGAACACGCACACGCUCGGCAACUACCACUGCGCCGUGUGUCUUAAGACCUACUCGAACCUCCUGGCCCUCAAGAACCACCGGCGCAUACAUUCAGAGAUGAGGCGCCACCGCUGCCACGAUUGCGGCAAGUGCUUCCGCGUGGCCUCGCAGCUCUACAACCACAAACGGGUCCACCAAAAGCAGCGGGAGCUGACCUGCGCCUCUUGCCGCCGCGCCUUCCCCACACAGGCCAGCUUCCGACUGCACAUGGAGAUUAGCCACGGCCAGGAGCCCCAACAUCCCCCACCGCACCGCCACCGGCCGGGCUGGGGCUCCGGCCUGGACCUCACCUUGAUGCAGGGCAGGGACGGCGAGGGGCAUGCAGUGCCCAAACCCCACGUGUGCGAACAGUGCGGCCGAUCCUAUCGCCACGCCAGCUCUCUGGUCAACCACAAGAACAGCCACAAGACCGGAAGCUACUUCUGCAACUCGUGCCACAAGCAAUUCCCCAACUUGAUGUCCCUUAAGAACCACCGGCGCAUCCACACCGAGCCCAAGCGCUACCAGUGCCCUGAGUGCGGCAAGUCCUUCCGGGUGUCCACGCAGCUCAUCUGUCACCGCCGCAUGCACACCAAGGAAAAACCCUUUACAUGCCCGCAGUGCGACAAACGCUUCUCCUCCAAGUCCAACCUCAGGCACCAUAUGAAGGUACACUGGGCUGGCGCCUCCUCGGCGCCGCCCCAUAGGGCCGCCGGGCCGCCACCCAACUUUGGCGGCAUGCCGGGCGGCGCCUUCGUUUAA